AAGCGUUCACCAGGGUAAUUUCGUUCGAAACCUGCAAACUGCGCAGCUAAAUGAGUCAGUACUUAUUUGUUUAGGGUUCGAUUUUUUAACUUGAACGAUAAAAGCACGAAAUACAUCAAAUAAAGACCUCGACGCAUACGCAUUUUUUCUAGCGGCAACAACUGAAACUGCACCUACUUUUAAUAGGAUCUUCACCAAGCGAAUCCCACUUCUUCGUUCUUGUGCUAGUUUGUAAUCUUCUCGUAGUCGUGUAAAAAAUGUACCCAUAACUAAAUCUAAACCUACCUAAUUGCUUAAAUCUAUGUACCUGCAUUUCCAUGUAAGCUCGCUUGGAAAUCUGGGAUUUUAUAAAGCAACACAUUGCGUUCGUAACGCUUGCCACUUCCAUUGAGCAUUUUUCCUUUUUAGAUUUAGGAAAUCAAUAUUAUAUAUAAAGCCUAUUUUCAAAUUUCAUUUUUUUCCGCCACUUUUGAAAGCUACAAAAUUACGAUGUUGUACUCUAUCUGUGAGGCUACACUCACGCAUAAAAUGCUGAGAAUUGCCGCAGUUGUUUUCUGCUGCGCGGCGCCUUCUUCCCUAUCCCAAGGAGCUUUCGUGAAGGGGCUCUCGUUGAGCAGGAUGAGCGUUGACGGCCUAUCGGAUAAAGAUCGGGCCGGUCUGACGUCUACGGCGGAGAAGGUCACGCUUCGGUAUUACGCACCGUACAGAGGCGAUGCCGGCGGGCAUUACGAAUAUUUGCAGAAAAAAAUCGCUUGUCUGGGUGAUGAGGAUGCCAACAAGAGGUUUCUUUUGUUCACCGAUGCAAGUGUUCGGAGCCGCGCCAACGUCGGAACCUUUGCGCAGCUGGGUGUCGUCGCGUACAGCAGUCGCGGUCUGGCGAAAGCGCGACGAGACACGGCAGAGAGAAAAGCGGAAGAUCAGAGAGUUGGUUCAAUCUACGACCGGGUUCCGGACGUCCUGGCCGCGGGGAUUGGAGGCACGUACUUCAAACGCGCGCAAGAGCUCUUGAACAAAAGCAAUACGGGAGGGACGUUUGGCCUGAUGUCGGAUUCCUGGAAAGACAACGCGCUGACCGCCGUUGCGGAGGGCGAGGCGCUGUGGCGGGGACUCAAUCUGGCAUACGGCCAGCAGCGGUUGAUGUUGACGGAAAGCUCGAGCGGGACGACCACUGAAGGUGUUGGCGACGCGUCCGCACAUGACGGUGCGAAAUUGCUUGCUUUCACGGAUUCCCUGCACUUAAUUCGGGUGCUGGAAUGGAUUUUUCACGGAGGCGCCGCCGCCGGUGACGUCCUCUCAGAUUCUAGUCCUGGCGCAGGCUUCGUGCGACACAUGCAAGAAACCGUCGCCAAACCCAUAGCAGAUUUGUUUUCCCAGGUGGGGCUGAAAGAUGCGUUCCAGAGAACCUUGGAAAAGCUAACACGAAGCAAGGUUGCGCGACCCGGAACUGGUAGUAUGGCCAAGAGUCAAUUUGCGUACUACCAGCAUGUAGAGAUUCUCCACGUGCGAAGCUCUUCGCGCGUGAUCCGCAAGGAGGAGGAAGCUACCAGUUCGGGCGGAAGUAGCUGCGAGAGUGCUUCACCGGUGGAGCAGGAGCUCGAGAAAGUUCCCAGCGAGGCAACGACGUCACCCAAGGCGUACACGUUUGGAAACGCUCUGGCGGACCAGCUGGCGUCGGGUUUCACUCUGAUGCACUCGACGGGCACAGCGAACCUGCUCUCGAAACGGUUCUGCGAGAACCCAGGGGGGUGGCUGAAAAGACGAAGAACGUCGACGUCAACCGCUGCUGAAAAGACGAAGAGCAGUUCGAUUGCCGAGACGAAUUUGCACGACACGCUGUAUAGCAACUGCAAAGAGCUGAUGCAGGACCUCAGCAACCGAAUGCCUCACAUUCCGAAGCACGGCAAACAGUGUCAGUCUGCGACUUUCGAGCUGGAGCAGGACGUGGUGAAGCGCUUCAGAAAAUUUGCGGUGCUGUACCAGAAACUCGACUACGCGGCUUUGGAGAUGACGCAAGCAGUGGUCGGAGCGUCCGCGGCAGCUGUGCGAACCAGCGGGAGAGGGAGGCGUCCGAGGUCCGGGUCCCGUUCUGGUGGUCGCCGUCGAGGAAGUAGAAGAGCGUCAUCCACUACUAGUUCCAGGAGCAGCAGCAGAGGUAGAAGUUCCUCGCCUGCUGCGCAGGAAGAGGAGGCCGUGCACCGUGGGGGCGAAGUUGUGCUACAAACAGGCGACAGCACAGACGAUACGGGUACGGGGACGAAUAUCGAUGCUGACGCCGAGAAGCAAAAGGCGCUCUUGAUUUCGCCCCUGGAUUGGUUCCGAAGCCAGGCCCAGGUCGCUUUGCAGCACUGUGGUAGCCCGCCCGGCCUUGGGUUUGCUUCCGGAAAGCUGAUGCGCUACCUGGACCACGCUUGGAGCGAGGAAACAACCACACCAGGUAAAGCGGGUAGUAGUACUGCCGGAAGUUUUUGUGUCGGAAGUUGCUCCACCCCUGCGGCACCAGCAGACGCGAUCGAGUUCGAUGUUCGGAAUUACGAGGAGCACUGCGGUAGCGCUUUUAGCGACUACUUUGGUCGUAUGAAAACCUCGAGUGUUGAAGACACGACUACACACGACAACCCCACACCAUUUCAGCAGGUUCCACUUGCAGGGAAGGAGCUGAUGGGGCGGCUUUGGGCGCGGAUUGCUGUGAUGCGUCGAGUGCGUAGCUCGUUGAUCCAGUCGGAAACUGUAUUGCGUGACUUCGUAGCGUCGAUCAACACCCCCGUGGCACAAACGCAAGAGGACGCUGGGGAGCCCUCGAGGUCGUCAGGCGUCGCCGGGCCAACCAGCAAAAAGGAGCAGAAGUCAGGCAAAAAGAAGCAGAAGGGUGGGCCUCCUGCGACCGCAGCAGCUGUAGUUGGGCACAAAGAAAUAGGGACGAAGCAACCGCCGGCGCGCAAAGGGGCUUCAGCCAGCGACGAGGCGUCGUACCACAGUGUGGUAGCCGGGACGGUGAAAGCCUCCAAAGUCGUGUCGUACCACAGCGUGGUAGACGCGACGGUGAAAGCCGCUAAAGUCGUGUUGUAUCAAAUGGAGCAGUGGUCUCCCAUAGCACUGCAGGGCGACGUUCGUACGCAAAACUUGAUGCUAGAGCGAAAUCGUUGGCUUGCGCCCGACGCGCAGGUCCCGAACGGCGAUGGUGCGAAGUUUGUUCGGUGCGGACGGCUCAUGAAGGAACCCAUGGAAGUUUUAGACCAUCUUCUCAGCACCUUCACGAAGUCCCUGUAUGCCAAGAAUGCGGGCAUUCGUCUGGCUACGCGGGGCAACUACCGCGCGACCGCCCAGCGUGUUCUCGAUGUUCUUUCCAAGGCAGCCAUCCCGCUGGCGACGGCAGGCCUGGAGUCCUUGCUGGCGAGCCUCGAAGAUUGGCUGGAGACGGUGAUUAUGCCCUUGAGCAGUAAGGAGAACAACCUGCAAGGGAAUGAUGAGCUUGACGAGCACGCGGAUUCUAGCAAAUUGUUGAGGACUGAAGUAGAGCUGAUGUCACAGAACUUCACUGGCCCGCCGAUUGAAUGGCGCGCGAAUGCCUUCGAGAGGCGGCUGGCAGAGAUGCAGGUGGUCGCUGCCGCGGUAGAAAAAGAAAAGCAAACGUUGCUAUACAUGAAUUUGCACAAAGUUCCCGAGCGAUACGAUUUCGAAAAGAAGAAGACAGCAGUGAGACUUUUAAUGACGGAUGCCUUUGACCAGGAUGCCGCCUACGUGAAGGAAUUGCAAAAAGCACGGGACGUGUACGUACCCGCCCACGAUCUGAUCCUCGGCAUUGAUUUACAAUUCGCCGGGAUCGACCUCCCCUUUGGCACUGCGAAUGUUGCGGAACCGCUUCGCUCCAAGCCUUCCCGACUCGCACGGCCCCCGCCCGUGCUCUCCCUCGUCGACCUGCCAAUCAGUCUGAUGCAGCAGCUAGCUCUCGAUCCUCCCUCCUUCACGGCCGAAGUGGGGGUCAGACUGCGUUCGGGCAGAGGGGUAGGGGACGACUCAUCUGCCACGUCGUUGAGGUCUUCCCAGGAGGACGCGGACGAGGACGCCGUGCUGUACCAGAGUCGCUUCGGCCUCGGGCGGCUGCGCAUGACGGACGACAAGGAUGGGAAUCAACAAAACUUUCUAAACAAGCUGGAAAAUGAGAGCGACGGAGUUGGAAAAUAUUUAUGGGCAGCUUCGCCUUGGGCACGCAGUAAUUGGAUAUCAAGGGGCCAUGAAGAAGAUGGUGUAAGAACGGGUGCAGAGCUGGCAGGAUCUGUCUCCGCAGUAGCCCUGAACUUCGCCGAUGUGAGCACAGAUGAAGCCGAUGCCUUGAAAAAGAUCUUUCGAAGCUCAGGGCCAUCGGUGCACUCGGUUAUUGCUGAGGCCGUCGGUCGGGAGCUUCCCAUACGUUUGUCGGGCAUUGUGGGCCACGAGACGCAGAAAGCUGCGAAGGUGGUGCUCCGCGACGCCGAACAGGUGAGUCGUGAGGUCAGCGACCUCGCACAGAUGGCGAAAGCUAUUUUAGGGCAAGAACCACAGGGAUUGGGUGCGCUAGCGAUUCAAACUGAGAAAAAUCGCGUCGACAGCCUGCUUGUCUGGCUCCAGUUGAAAAUCGCGCGACACGAAGGCGCGCUGGGGCGCGUACAGCUGCGGCAGGCUACGAACCGAGGAGCCAUAUCAAGACUAUGGUCGUGCCGCGGCGAAGACUUAGAAGAAAAAGAAAAGUGCUUUCAGGAGUUACGGAAGGAGAUAUUUCGGGUUUUGGAAGUAGAUGGUCGGGCGGCGUUGACAGAAAACUUUGGGCGUAUCAACAUGCUUAUGCCGCAAGAAGUUUCCUACGGUGCUGAUCCUCAGGUUGUUGCGGCCCUUAGUGAGGAAGAAAGAACCAUCGUUGCGGCCUUACGCAAGGGCGGGCUGGUUCUCUCGUUCCGCAAUGGCACGGUGGAGCGGAACGAUUAUUUCGAAGAAGUGUUGCCGUUUGAAACGCCCUCCGGCGGAGAAUUCGUGGAGUACCAUCCGAUCCUGCGGCUGCCAGUGGCCUACACCAAAGUGGUGGACUUCGAGAGUCCCCUCGAGAAUCCGGCCAGGGAGACGCGAACCGUGGUCAUCUUGUUCUUCGAUGAGAAAGCUGCAAAGUUCGCCGUGCUCCCACUGCCGCAGGCGGCCGCGACGCCGGGUUCUUUCGGAAGACCUCAUGGGAGAAUUGUUUUGCCUAGAGCGCCGCUGGCAAGUUACGAUAAAGGAAUGCGGUGGGCUCUGGACGAGUCCCGUAUGGAGCAACUGGAACUGGUGUCGCCAAAGUUCCUGCACGGCUCGAGCGUGCGUGGCAUUGUGGAUUGAUAUAACGUUGAGCUGCUUCUCGCCUUUGUUCGGGCAGGAGCAGUUUGAGUGACCUUUUCAUAACUCAGUACGCGGAUAGAAAAGGCAUGGCAGUUCUUGUGGCGGUCGGCUGCCAGCUUUUUUUCGUCAGAUCACAGUAAUAUCAGAUAUCAGUACACAUAUUAGCGCUACAUAGAAGUAGGUUAUUAGGGUUUAUUUCAUCGGCCGCAGAAGGAAACUAACAAUGAUUUUCUUCUUCGAAAAAUAAGAACGAAAUGUACGGACGAAGGUCAAAUUAAGAAGUAGCAGUUGUAUAAUAAAAUCGUUUUAAAAUCCAAAUCAACCUUUGCAUAUCAAUGGUGAACGACGACUACCUGAUUACGUCUGACGUGUGAGCUGCAACUUCAGGAUUUUAUUGUGCGUGUUGUUUGAUUCACGAGGUUCUGGUUAUCCAAAGGGAAGAACAACAAGUGCUCUACCUCUUAUUUAAGAUUCAAUUCCAAACAGGUACACAAAUUUAGGCGCGCAAAGACAGCGCAACGAAAUAUGAAAACAGGAACGUGAAAUGGAGAGGAUGGUCAUCCUCAUUUGCACUGUUAGACAGAUGUUAUGGGUCGAACCAAAAUUUGCGCGACUUCGGCUAU